AUGAAGACAGCCACUGUUCUCAACCUCCUUCUGUGCAGCUCACUCGCUGCUGGAUGCAGCCAUGACCAUGACGACAAAGAGUGGUCUAAGGAAGAGCUCCAAGAGUUGGAAGACAAAUGGGGACAAGAUUGGUCUUUUUCCGGCAUUGGAAGCUUUGCCCAUUUGGAGUAUGUCAAGUGCUUGACCAACCCGGCAGAGCAAUUUGAUAUUGCCAUUGUCGGAGCUCCAUUUGAUACUGCUGUCAGCUACAGACCAGGCGCCCGAUUUGGCCCUCGCGCAAUCCGCCAGUCCUCGUCACGCCAAAUUGCGUUCAGAGGUUUCAACCCACGUGCUGAUAUCAACCCAUACAGCAACUGGGCCAAGAUCAUUGACUGCGGUGAUAUUCCAGUCACACCCUUUGACAACAACAUUGCACGUGAGCAAAUGACCCAGGCCUUGACAGAGCUGGGAAACCGAAAGACGGUAUCUUCGGUCAGCUCUAAGCCCAAGUUGAUGACUCUGGGAGGAGACCACAGCUUGACGCUGCCGGCGCUGCGUGCACUAACCAAAAUUCAUGGCCGACCGGUCCGAGUGCUUCACUUUGAUGCGCAUCUCGACACGUGGGACCCCUCCAAGUACCCUUCGUAUUGGGGAUCUACUCAGUACACCCACGGAUCCAUGUUCUGGCUAGCAAACCAAGAAGGUCUCCUAUCCAAUUCAUCCAAUGAGGCAUCUGUUCAUGCUGGACUACGUACACGUCUUAGUGGUGAUGGAUGGGAUGACAAUGAUGACGACACGGCACAGAACUGGGUUCGCUUCUCUGCGGACGAAAUCGACGACAUUGGCACCAAGGGUAUCAUUGACGGAAUCAUGAAGACUCUCGGCACAGAGGAUCCUGUCUAUCUUUCUGUUGACAUUGAUGUUUUGGAUCCUGCAUUUGCUCCUGCAACGGGCACCCCGGAACCUGGAGGUUGGACUACGCGAGAAUUCAUUCGCAUCUUGCGCGGCAUUGAGGACUUGAACCUCGUGGGUGCCGAUGUCGUGGAAGUAUCCCCGGCUUACCAGAGCAACGCCGAAGAGACAUCCCUUGCGGCUGCCCAGGUUGUGUACGAGAUCCUAAGCUCCAUGGUGAAGAGGGGCAUGAAGGACAUGGCUACGGCUAAGAAUGAGGGUGAUCAUCAGAAGGAUGAGUUGUAA